AUGUUCGGCGCCCCAGGCCGCCCGACUCGGAAAGCAGCAGACGACCUCGCGGGCCGCGUGCAGAAGGACGCGAAGAAGGGCGCGGUCGGGGGAGAGGGCGAUGCCGUCCCAGCGGGCGGCAAGGACAAGGACGAGGACGCGGUCAUGGCAGGCCGCGAGCGCGUGCAGGAGCUUCAGUUGAUGGAGGCGCUGGCCACGCUGACGCUCCAGCUAGACGAGGAGCGAGCGGUCCAGAGCAGGGCCCAGAACAUCGCGCUCGAGGGUCCGUCCGAGAACGAUUUCCUGAAGGUGAUGGACUGGGCCAUCGAGCAGCGCGACCAGUCCGGCGUGGGCGCCCGAAAGGCGGCGAAGGGCAUGGGCGAGGCAUACUUGGGCAACCCGUUCAGCAAGAGACCAGUGGCAUUGUUUUCGGGCGUGCUCUUCCGAGAGUUGGCGGAGAGCGCGCCAGCGGCAGCCAAGUCCCUCCUUGAUCAGUUCGCCGUCGUGGGCAAACAGGCAUCAGUGCAGGCCCCGGAGUUCAGGGCGUCGCGGUGCUCCAAGAUCGAGUGUACCAAGAGCGACGACGGACCCCAGGACUGCGACGUGACCAUGUCUCAGUGGAGAUUCGCUAUUCCCUCUUGCAGUGAUGUUGAGUCCUUUUUUUUGCAGGCUCGCGAGGCUCAGUUGUUUCGCGGUGUUGGCAUCGAGUUAGACUUUGACCGCGGCCCGAGGAGCAAGGCCGCCAAGAAUGUGGCAAAUAUUGCUUUUGGCUCUGACAGUGCGAAAGGCACUGGCAAGGGCAAGGGUG